AUGUUUGUUCAUUCAUCCAGAGACGACCGUCGCGACCGAGACCGUGGUGGAGACAGAGAACGCGAGAGAGACAGACCACGCAGACGCUCGCGCUCACCCGGACACCGCCCACGCAGAGACGAAUACCAGGGAGACUCAUACUCGUCGAGCCGCGACUACAGGGAGCGCGAGAGAGAAGACAGAUACGCUGGAAGACGUGGAGGUGGUCGCGAAUGGGACAGAGGAGACCGUGGCUCUGACCGACGAGGAGACCGCCGUGACGACCCGCGCGGUGGCAGAGACCGCGGCGACCGUGGAGGUGAUCUGUUUGACGACCGCAGAGGAGGUGGUAGAGGAGGACGCGAUCGUGCCCCUCAGCAAUCCAUCGAUCAGAAGCGCAGCCCCAGCCCUCCCAGAAAGCCCAAGGAGCCCACCCCCGAUUUGACCGAUGUCGUGCCUAUCCUCGAGCGCAAGCGUCGCCUGACUCAAUGGGACAUCAAGCCUCCUGGCUACGAAAAUGUCACAGCUGAGCAGGCCAAGCUCUCGGGCAUGUUUCCUCUUCCUGGUGCUCCUCGCCAACAACCCAUGGACCCCACGAGACUCCAGGCUUUCAUGAACCAGCCUGCAAAUGCUGGCGCCAACACUGCUCUCAAGCCCUCCAACGCUCGCCAGUCAAAACGUCUCUUUGUCCAUGGAAUUCCUCCUAACGCAACCGAAGACAACGUUAUCGACUUCUUCAACCUCCAGCUCAAUGGCCUCAACAUUGUCAGAGGUAUGGAUCCUUGUGUGUCAGCACAAAUCUCGCCCGACCACGAAUUUGCUCUCUGCGAGUUCAAGACACCGGAAGAUGCUACAACCGCUUUGGCUUUCGAUGGCAUUUCUAUGAGCAACGACUCUGUCAAUGGCUCAGCAAAUGGAAGACCGGCAGGCCUGCAGAUUCGCCGUCCCAAGGACUACAUCGUUCCUGCUGUCACAGAUGAGAGCGAGCAGACACAAGGCAUUGUCUCUGAGAACGUCCCAGAUACCCAGAACAAGCUGAGAAUGACCAACAUCCCCACAUUCAUCGAGGAUGCACAAGUCAGAGAGUUGCUUACAACUUUCGGCGAGCUCAAAUCCUUCGUCCUCGCCAAAGACACUUCUUCUGGCGCAAGCCGUGGAUUUGCUUUCUUCGAGUACAUGGAUCCUACCAAGACUGAUGAAGCUGUCACAGGCUUAAACGGUAUUGAGUUGGGUGACGGUGCGCUUAGAGCUGCAAGAGCCGCUAUUGGUGUGCAGCAGGUUGGCGGAGACAUGAGUGUGAACGCCAUGAGCAUGCUUGCCGGUACCACAAGCUCAGACGUGGAGCAAGGUCGCGUGCUCUGUCUGUUGAACAUGGUCACAGCAGAGGAGCUUUUGGAUAAUGAUGAAUACGAAGAAAUCGUCGAAGACGUCAAGGAGGAAUGCAGCAAGUACGGAUCAGUACUGGACAUGAAGGUUCCCCGUCCUUCUGGCGGUAGCAGACAGUCCAAUGGUGUCGGAAAGAUCUACGUCAAGUAUGACACAAACGAGUCUGCUUCGAAGGCUUUGCGUGCUCUGGCUGGCAGAAAGUUCGCUGACCGCACUGUGGUCGUUACCUUCUUUGGCGAGGAGUACUUUGAUGUUAACGCAUGGUAA